AUGAACACGACAAGCAAGCAAAAUUCUACUUUGGAUGACGACUGUUCUGGUGCACUAAAAAAUGCUGAAAUCGUAAUUUUGUCAGCGAUGAACGGUGUGUUGGCGCUUAUCUCCGUUGUUGGAAAUGCACUCAUUUUGGCAGCCAUUUACAGAGUUCAAAGCCAGAGGACCCCUUCAAAUGCGUUCGUUGCUUCUAUGGGAGUCGCAGACUUCUCCGUGGGUCUGUUUAUGAACCCGCUCUGGGUUGCAAAGAGUGUCUUGAACAUCUGGAAAAGUGACAACCAUCUUUCGACAACCAUUGAAGUUCUGACGAUGCAGACAAUUGUAGCCACUACUUUCAGCUUAUGCGCAGUGAGCGUGGAUCGCUAUAUAGCAGUGACUAAAAUGCGUUAUAUCGAGAUUAUGAGUUGGAAACGCAUCCGAAUCAUAAUCCUUCUCGUCUGGACCUUUUCCAUACUGUUUGCGUGUUUCCGUCUCCUUAUUACAGAUCCCCUUCAGCUACCAAAGCUGUGGCUGGCCGCUACAGUAAUCACUGUCGUAGCGCCUUUAACACUCAUCUCCAUCUGUUAUUAUCAUAUCUUUAAAGCAGCUCGCUUUCAAAUUAAAAAAAUUUCAGCCUCUGAAGAAACUAGGAUUAGUGUCGAUCAAGCUCUCAUGCAGCUUAAGCACCGUAAGGCAGCUUUAACAAUAGGAAUAGUUGUUGGUGUUUUCACAAUUUGUUGGACCCCAAGUUUGGUGAUCUCUCUCGUUCAGUUCUUUACUGUUAAUAAUUGCCAGAAGCUUAUGAUAAAUGGCUACUGGUUUUGGGGAGCGCUGGCAGAGUUUAGCAACUCGGCUCUUAACCCUUUCAUAUAUUGCAUGAGAAGCAGAGACUUCAGGAAGGCUGUAAAGAAGGUGAUUGGUGAUUGUGUCUACUAA